CAGGUAGCAUUUCAUGCGCCGUCAGAUCAUGCAAGAUCUUGAUCGGCAGCGCCAUACGGCAGAAUAAUGCAUGAUUGGUGUAUGGCGACGCAAAACAAGCGAGCAAACAGCAAAGCUGUAAGGGACUGUCUAACAGCGCUUGCUGCAGCAUUCAUGCGACGUCUGCCGCAAUUCUGUUCUUCGUACUUCGCAACCUUCAUCCCAAAUUCACAAUUACACUCGAGCAACUCUAUAACAUUUAGCGAUGUAGUACGACUAACCACAAGACGACAAAAUCACGUGGAAGAGCAAAAUAAUCAUAUUCCUUUGAAUUCACAUGGAGCAUCAGUGAAUCUACGUCCGGUCACUGUAUCAGGUACAGUUGAAGAAAAUCGUUACCGUACACCGACUGUGUCUUCAGAGCAGACACUUGAGCGUAUUGCCCGAUCCACCAUUGACAGUUUGCAAGAUCUUCUUCAACAGCAUGAGGAGCGACAAAAGCAAUGCUUUCUAGACUUUGCAAUGAGAAUUCGAAAGGACCACCGUGAAGACAUGACCAAGCUUAACAACUAUGCAGAGAAUCGUUACCAGCAUUUCGAAACAGUUAUCAAACAAAUGAUUAAAAAAGAGCAGGAUAUUGAACGGGCGUACCCAUAUGAGAAGCCACCAGGGUUCCCUCUUGAUUCCUUGGAGGUAUUCCAAGAGUUUGAAGAAGAUCCUGAAAGACAACGAUCUCUAAGACACUAUCUUAUUAACGUUGGUGGUGUCACAGCUAGAGAUGCUCUCAACCAAUUUUUGAAGGAAGCCAUGACGGAUAGCCUCACACAAAAAUUCUCUUGGACUGGAAAGACUGUUUCAGAUAAAGAGAAUCUGCGACCGUUAUUUAAUACCUGUAUCGGAAAGGUAUUUUUUGAUGCCUUACGUGAGUGUCGAACAAUACCACAGCCACAUGAUCGUACAGAAUUUGCGAGACUGAUGCAAGAGGCAAUUCGGGGCGCAAAACAAAGAUUGCGGGAUGCAAAACGACGUGCUAAUCGCUCUGUCCACGUGGAGGGUCGCAGACAAAAAUAUAUGGCUGAAAUGGCUAAUCGUUACGAGGUUGAACACCCAGGACAGUAACACUGCGGAAUAAUAGGCCUGCAAUUUGACUAUUAAAGUUCCUACGCGUAUUCAAACAUACGUACUUAUGUACUGUGUUUGACUAAGAAAUAUUUUAGUACGUAUAGCUGUGAUGUUAGUUUUUAUGUUUAUGCUCAAGCACAGUAUUUAUAAUUUUGACUGCAGCUGUGAUAUGCACCAGUGAUACGUAACUAUAUGUGUUCCAAAGAAACAUACCUAUAUCAACAAAUGCGGCGGGUUUGUACUAACAUAGCUAUAAAAUAGCUAAAAAUUAGAUACUGUAUAAAUUUUAGUCUUCUGACCUUUAUAUAAAGUAUUUUUUAUCUACUAUUCUACUCAUUUGAUAUGAGUUUAUCAAUACUAUUAUAAACUGUAGUUAAUGAUAAUUUUAAGCUACAACGUAUAAAAAUGUAACAAAAGAUGUAUUUAUAUUAAUAACUGUACAACGGUUUCAGGGUUUCUUCUAGUCUUGUUGUAGACAUAGAUCUGUAAGUCAGCGUUUUUCUUGUUCAUUUUUGCUCGCUAGUAACUGUAACACAUUUAUAACUAAUUAUCUUUAAGUAACAGUAAAAAAUAUGCAAACUUAUAUUAUACCUAUAUAUGUAUAUGGGUGUAAUAUAUCAUAUAUUUUACUAUAGCCGCAUAUCAAUAAUAUAAAACAUAAAUAUUAUUAUAAUUAUAUAGUACAACAAUUAUA